AUGUCCACAAUAACAAACAUUAGCUUCUUACUUGUAUUCAUCAUGUUGGUUGUUUUUUUCAGCCCUACUACAUGCAAGGGAAGAGUGUUGAGUGUGAACCCAGUUGAGGAUGUACUCUAUGAAGCUUGUAAUCAUCAAAUAACGAUACCCUCUGAAAGGAUAUCAAGACUUUUAACAAAAUUUGAAAAGGUUCAGAGUCAAGAGUUGAGGGAUAAGCUGUUGAAUUCAUUCAUGUAUGAUGAACAAGCUCUGAUACAUUGGUCAGACAUACUUACCAUACUUUCCUCAUUUGACUAUUUAGAAUAUAAGGAAAAGUGGAGAAAUCAACUCAUCAAUAGAAUGGCCAGAAUACAUGUGGAUGAUGUUCCAGAAUUUAUCAACAAAUUGACAGAAAAAAGUGAAGAAAAGAUGGCGCUCUUGAGUCAAAUCAAGCAGAAAAUUAACAAUUUGACACGAGAGAGGAGACACAGUAUUUCUCUCAAGAUAUUUGGAAUUGAUGCAAGACUUGCUAGAAAGGCAUCUCUCUUGUUGGAUAGCUUUGUUCCAGAUUGUGUCUAUGAAGAUUUGGAUGAAGAUGUCGUUGUUUUGGCCAUUGGUAAUGAGCACGUUGAAUCUCCAAAACCAUUGAGCAAGUAUUCCAACACUUCUAGCUUUGAAGCACUCAAGCUGGCCACAAUCCAUGCCUUGAGAAGAUUGAAAUCUCAUCAAAAGUUUGGCUUGGUUUUCCUUACUUCCAAAUUUGACAGUGUUUUUGGACAACAACUCGUUCAAGCAACAAGUGAAAAUAUUAGGAAGGCAUUGGUUGCAAUUGAUUCUCUUGAAUAUGAACAGGCUUCUACAGUAGACUUUAUGGAAAAUCUGAUUGACAUGUUUCAACAAGAUGCCAAUCCAAAGAGUGCUCUCUAUUUGGUUGGUAAGGUUACUGAGGUAGAGGUUCCUGCAUUCAAUGUUGGAUCACAGCUUGGUAGAUUUAAGAGAAAUAUGAUUGUUGUGCCAAAGAUUCACACUGUUGGUUUCUUUGUGAAUGAUUCUGAUUCGUUGGAGUAUUUGAGUACAAUUUCGAGAGUUUAUAAUCAAUAUUCUAUGAAUACGGGUGGAAAGUGUAUCAGAUUAUACACUCCACAAAUUUAA